CACUGUCCAGACUCCUUCGAGAAUCGCAAGAAAGCUUUCUCAGGCGUCCCCCUCACCGAGUUCGGGAGCUUUCGAUUCUUGCCAUCUGCACUCAUGUCAGCGCCAAACGAGGAUAACUUGUCUUCUCAUUCUCAGUGCUGUUCGUGAGGAUUGAUGUGUCUACUCAAGAGUCUGUUACAGUUUCCAUAAAUGCAUUUGCAGCUAUCAUCUCAAUUUUUUGAGAAUUUUCUUGAUUCUAUGAUUGCUGAUGUUGCAUCUGAGUGUCACCGGAUGGCAAAGUUGGGCCUGGAUCGAAAUUUGGAGGAAGGGGAAGAUGAGUUGAGAUCGUCAGUACUAGCCCGAGCUCAGGUUGCUGAUCCUAGUAACAGUGGUAAAACGAAUAAUGGCAAGGAUGUGCAUGACAUAUUUGGAAAUGAUAAUUCUGCUGCAGGCAAUGAAAUAUUCAAGUGCAUGAAAUGUGGAAAACCAACUGCGGUUGGAAAGUUUGCUCCCCAUCUGGAGAACUGUAUGGGAAAGGGUAGAAAGUCUCGUCCCAAGACAAGGAGUAGCACUGCUCUACAGAAUCAGAAUCGGUACUCAAAAGGUGAGGAGUGCCCUGAUGGCACAACUGAAGAUUCUUGAAACAAGAUCGGACCAGAGGCCAGCUGAUUAAAACCCUUAGUUCAAGUUGUUAGAUGCAAGCCAUUCCAUAGAUCUAGUUGAUGGAACCUCAUAAACGAUAUUUUUUCCUUCUACAUUUUCUUACGAGGAUAGGUAAUUGACAUGGUUUUCAUUAUUCAGCAGGGUUGGCUUAGACUCUCCUCAAAUAUAGGGGUACUGGAAGUAUGAUGAAGUUUUUCAGAUGAAUUGCAGGGUGUUUCUUCAUUUGUUGUAUUGAAUUGUAUAGGAGUCCCGGGUCUCUCCUGCGAGAGCCAAGUAUCCUAACCAACAAGGCUACAACGGAUACGGCGUUGGAGUUUAUUUGCGAUUAUAAAACUCAAAAGCGCAGCUCAAUCAAGCCUACGAAAGCAAACCAAUUAUCAUCAGCUGUUUGUGCUUUUUCCUUUUUUCUGCAUUCCAUUUUCUUUGACUCAGGUGAUCCAUGAUCAUUGUAGUCUGAAAUGGGAUCAAAAUGGCUGGGAAAGUUGAAAGGAUUAUUCUUCCGACAAGGCAGGUUACAGGCUGGUGCAGGAAAUCAGAGAUUAUGCGACCAUGCAAUAGCUUAUGAACUUUUUCCAAGCUUAAAAGCUUGUUAUAUAUGUAUUAAAUAAUAACUCAUAUUAAAAGUAUUAUUUAAUACCUAAAAGCUCUAGAAAAUGAGAAGUUGUACGA